GCAGUCUGUGUGAGCAGCCUGCAGGUGGCACAUGCAGCCUUGUCUCUCUCGAGGCACUCCCACCCCUCCCGGUGCACCUAUGGAAAGUAUCACUGACUAUUUAAAGGCUCCCGAGGUGCUCACCAGCAUAGUGGGGGGAGCCAGCUUGCAGGUGAGUUAGAAACAAAGCUGUGAAAGAAAACCUGCUUGUGAUCCAAAGAUGCCUAAAUUCAUUGUUAACACAAAUAUAAGCAAGGAUAAGAUUCCAGAAUCUUUUACAGGGGAGCUGACCCAACAGUUAUCAAAAGCAUUGGACAAACCAGCACAGUAUCUAGCAAUACAGAUCUCUCCUGAUCAGAUGAUGUCCUUCGGUGGCUCCACAGACCCUUGUGCUAUAUGCUUUCUCUACAGCAUUGGCAAGAUAGGGGAGCAGGAGAACAAGGUCUACUCCAAAUUGCUUUGUGAUCUGCUGAACAAAGAGCUGAAAAUACCAUCUGAGAGAAUCUACGUCAGCUUCUUCAACAUCAGCCCUGGCAACGUAGGCUGGAACAACAACACCUUUGCUUGAGGUGCCCUUAAGUGGUAAAAGUUUAUUCCUGACCCCUCAGCCUGAUUUAAGUACUGCAGUUCAUCAUGUUACCAGUGCCUGACAAACACAAAAGGCAAUGGCACCAUAGUUGCUGCUACCCACUGCUGUUUAACAUCUUGUCUGCUGCUUAAAUAAAAAUCCAGCAGAAACCU